UUACUUAGCCCUGCUGCUGUGUUUUAUCUGAUGUUUAAUAUAUCCUUAUAUUCCCACUGGACAGUUUGUUUCAGCACAGCAACCCCGUUUUCACGCACGCGUUCUUUCCCAGAAUUCCUCUGCAAAAGCAAAACGAUGGCGAUGGAUAAUUCAACGCCAAGUCGGCACGAGAAAAGUUUGGGAUUGCUUACAACGAAAUUUGUGUCAUUAUUGCAAGAGGCAAAAGAUGGUGUUUUAGAUCUGAAAGUUGCUGCUGAUCAACUAGCUGUGAGACAGAAGCGGAGAAUAUAUGACAUAACUAAUGUGUUGGAAGGCAUAGGUCUCAUCGAAAAGAAAUCCAAGAAUAGCAUUCAGUGGAAAGGUGCUAGUGCAAAUUAUUCAGGAACAGAAGAUGGAGUAAAUCAAGGAAAUGGUACAGAAAUCUCAGACCGACUUUUGACCCUAAAACAAGAAAUUGAUGAAUUGGAGCAGCAGGAAAAAAAAUUAGACCUGCAUAAGACCUGGGUGCAGCAGAGUAUAAAGAAUGUCACAGAUGAAGUCACAAAUACACAGGCAGCAUAUGUCACCCAUGAAGAUAUUUGUCGAAGUUUUCGGAUGUUACUUGCCAUUCAAGCCCCCUCUGGUACCCAGCUGGAGGUUCCCAUACCAGAAGUAGGUCCUGGCUUUAAAAAGAAUUACCAAAUGCAUCUGAAGAGUCAUACAGGACCUAUCCAUGUUCUUCUGGUAAACAAAGACACAGAGGAAACAAGCCCUGUUGUGGUACAGGUGCCCCCACCAAAGGAGGAGGACACAGAAAAUCAGAAUGUGGAUCCAAACCAAACACAAAAUAAAUCAAAGAAUGCCAAGCGCUCACCACAGAAAUCUCCAUUACGUCCAUCACAACCAUCUUCCGAUGUGGAAUUCCCUACACGCAUGUCAACAAGGUCAUCUCCACGGAAACAAGGCCAAUCAUCACAAUCAGUUCCUUCCACAUCUGAUCCUCAGUCCUCACUGGAUUCUCUUCCUGGUGACAUUCUGUUUGAUCCCAAUGACCCCAGACAUACAGGGCUCGAUAUCCCAAGUGAAGGAGAUUUAAUAGAGGAAUUGAUGUCUUCUGAAGCCUUUGCUCCACUCCUCCGGUUAAGCCCCCCACCAUCAGACAGGGAUUAUUACUUCAAUCUGGAUGAUACAGAAGGGGCAUGUGACCUGUUUGAUGUCCCUCUCUUAACCAAUUACUGAUCAGAAAACAACAGUUCCUCCACUACCUCAAGUGCCUUUACAGGGACCAAUGCUUGUAGGCUAGACUGUACAAAGUGUACAGACACAACCCAGCCAGUAGAUGCUAAUUUCUCCCAGAAUUAUUCUAAACAAGAGAGUUAGAAUAAGAUUGUGGAGAUUCUGUCAGAGAAGUUUUUACUUAACUCUAGUGCUGUUCUGCCUCAAAUCAAUUGCCCUGGAAUUAAUAAAAAAAUUCUGAGCAAUAUUUUUCAAAUGUAUAGGUCUGGCCUUUGCAUGUACUUAACGUUCUGGAAAAUUCAUAAAAUUCAGUUGCAAAGAUACAUCUGUCAACACUGUUGGUACCUUCUCAUGAAGUGCAACGAAGUGCUUGAAGAUUUAUUUGGAAACAAGUUUAGUAGUGCUAUUAUUUAAGCAAUGUUAUGAAUUUUAGACUGAUCGAACCUUCACUGAUGGAAUGGAGUAAGCUUGGAGUGAUAUGUAGAGCUGGAGUUUCAUUUAUAUGUAUUUUGCAAAAAUAGAAAGAAAAAAAAUUGUUACUUUUAUAAUUCAUAAUUCUUUUUAAAAAGUAUGAAAUGUCAUUAUAGGUCAUAUAUUUUGUAUUUUUUUUUUAGGGUUGGGUAUUAUAAAUUUGCAUAGUUUACUUAGAUGUUUAGAUAAUUAUUUUUUCUAAAGCAAAAUUUUCUUAAAUCGUGGAAUAAAAUAUUUGAACCUUUUCUAUUUUAGUAGAGAGAUGUUAAUUUGUUUUGUAAUAAGGAAAGCAAAAUAAAACCCCCCAAAAAGAAGAUCUAGUAAUAUAUUGCUUCUUGUAUUUGACUAUUAGGUUGUGUGUUAGGAUUUUUUUUAGUGCAAUUAUGUAUCAAAGUAUAUAGGAUCAAUAAAUUGUAUAUUGAGAAAGAAAUCUGGUUAAUUGUAAUGUACAUCCUUUAAAUCAGGUUCUGAUUCUUAAAAAUGCACACAAAUGUCUAAGCACCAUUAACUCAAUGUCUUGCAUCUAUGGAUAUGCUAAUGUUAGUACAAAGUUCGGCAGAUAAUGUUUGUGUUACAGACAUACAUUGUUUUUUAAAUGCAUUUUUUAAGGCCAUCUUCUCACUGUUACACUUCUGCAUGGUUUCUUAUUUAUCUGUAUAUAAGAUAUUGAUUAUGACUUUCUUGUUAUGUCAUUUUUUUGUUACUUGAAAUUUGAAUUGUUAGUGUUGAAAAAUCUGGUAUUUUUAUAUUUCACUUCCUUCAUGUACCGUUUUGUUUGUGUAAUCAAAGUUGUAAGUCUUUGAUUUAGUUCUGACAGCUGUAUUGCUCUCAGAUUCAUAUUAUCUUAUGUUUCUUAGCUAUGAGAAAAAAAAGAGAAAAGAAACAACAAUAAUAAUCACUAUGUAAAAAGUUAAUUCCCAAAGUUAUAAUAUCAAUUUUUUUGAUGUCAUCAUAUUCUUUAAAAAAAACCUCUAGAGUACUGUUUCUACGGCUGGAAUGUCAGUUAAGAGCUGUUUUUUGCAAAUAUUUUAUAAAGAUAAUGUAAAUGAUAGAAUUCUGAAAGUUACAUGUUACAUUUACAUGUA